AUGUACCAACGAGCACUCAAAGGGUAUAUGAAUUUCGGGCCAGACGACAGCUUGACAUUGAAAGCAGUGUCUAAUCUCGGCGCACUGUACUUGCUAGAAAAUCGAUACAAGAAAGCAGAGGUGAUGUACCAACGAGUGUUUCAAACACAUUUGAGAGUCUCCGGACCAGACGAGGAGGAGAUGACAGAAGCAGCCCAAGAUCUUGGCCAGUUCUACUUGGAGAAUGAACGUUGGAGCGAGGCUGAGAUAUUUUUGACUCGAGCAUUCAAGGGCUAUCAGACUACGUCUAGCUCAAAGGAAAAAACUACGUGGCCCAUAGCUCUCGAUUUGGGCAACGUAUUCUGGGAGCUAAAUCGGCCCAAAGAUGCUUUGGGGUGGUACCAGCAGGCAUUGAUGGGCUUUGAUCAAGACCUUAAUGUAACUGAGGCUUCAAGGGACUCCAGAGUUCUGGAGAUACUUAUAACUCUCAACAAUGUCUAUUCAAGACUUGGGGAUUCUGCCCAGGCUCUUAUACACACGCGGCGUGCGCUACUGAUUUGCGAAAAGAUUGAAGGGCCAGACAGUUCACAGUGUAAAGAACUUGCCAGAAAGGUUGACAAACUUGAAGAUCUUGCCUAUCAAUACAGAGGACCUGAGCCCAUCAGCACUCAGCCAACCAGCACUCCAAGUGGGGUUUUCAAAAAGCCUAGUCUGUUUACGAAGCUUAUCAUAAGGGGUGGUCAACGCUGA